UACUGCCAUACAGUUGAAGAAGAAGAAGAAUUGCGUGUUUGUGAAAAUUUUUAGGUCGCCUUUUUACAGCAAAAUUCGCUGAAAAAUGUCCAAUCCGGAGACAACGCAGGUUAUGUCCCUGCCUCUACCACCAGCCAACUACGUUAAUCUCUAUUCAGAUGAGCAUAUACGAAAGAAUCGCGCCCCAAAGCCCCCAAUGCCCAUUCUCGACACUUACUCCAUGUUUGGCAACACCUUCAACAAUGACGAUAAUAUUAUCCGUCCGCUGGAGACUCAGGGCUUCCGGAGGCUCUAUCCUCAGCACUUUGACCGCAAGAAAGAGCUGAAGAAGCUCAAUCACUCAUUGCUGGUGAAUUUCCUGGAUCUCAUUGACUUCUUGGUGCACAAUCCUGACAAUCCGAGGCGAACAGAAAAGGUGGAUGAUCUUAGUUUGCUGUUUGUUCAUAUCCAUCACCUCCUGAAUGAAUUUAGACCGCACCAGGCGAGGGAAACCCUCAGAGUGAUGAUGGAAAUGCAGAAGAGGCAGAGAAUUGAGACAGCUCAUAGAUUUCAGAAGCAUCUGGAUAAAGUCCGGGAUAUCAUUAAGAAUGCCUUCAGUGCACUUCCGGAUCAGGAUCAAGAAGACAACAAACUCACCGUUCCCGUGGAACUGAUGGACUUUUCAAGUGACAAUGCCAGCAGCGACAGCAAUCAGGAUCACUGCCAUCCCCUCGAUAGAUUAAUGUGCAGUAUUGUGGAUAGUAUGUAGAAAUAAUUUAUAUGAAGAAAAAUAUUUAAUUAUAUAAAACAAUUUUAAAAAUCAAAAAAUCUGCCAAAAAAAAGUCACUUUUAUUAAGCCAUAGACACCAAAAUGCACACACGAUCUCCCCCUGUCCCAAAGUUCUCCCUUUGCCCACACAAUGCCCGCAGGAAUAUCUAUUUCCGGCUGAUUCGUUUGUUUGACGGACAAUACUCGGCAUACUCCUCCCAAGUACUGAAAGGAUAGACACAAGGAAAACCACUAAAAAAUAAAAGAACUCAUCUCAAAAAAA